GCUCUUACUGGGCGCGUGCAAGUCAGUUAGUCAUUCCGCGCGCGUUCGUCUGAACAUGUCGGCGCUGUGGAUGCUGUUCGCGAGCCUGCUGUUUCACCCGGUUUUGCCAUGCUACCACUGUUUCAUUGAGAUGAGCGACACUAUGACUCUUUGCCACGCGCUCAGUUUCACAGUGCAGGUGUGCUUCGACACCAUCCACCAGCUCGUCUCGCACAACCCCAGAGUGGUCGAAGCUGGCAAAGUCGGUCCUGGACAUGACACGAAAUUGAAGGACAUCCUGAUGGAUGAAAUCAAUGCCAUUAAAGAUGAAUAUGAGAAAAACCGUGUGAAGCAAGGUGAGAAGAGGCUUCAGAGGUUUGCAGAGAAUUUCAUCGCAGCCGCCUCCAAAUUGCCCAGAGCCAAAUGUACCGGCAAAUGCGGGUUCCAGCCUGACGGUCCAUAUGACUGCUCCACCUGCAAUUUCCGGAGCUGUGGUUUGCCCAUCGACUGUGAAUUUGAAGUACUCAAAGUGGUAGAGAACCAGAGAGUCCACCUGGAGUGUGAGGUGGGAUUUCCUUUGCCAGGAAAGAUUGCGGUGGUCUGGAGAUAUGCCGACGGUGUAAGCAUUUCAAACACAUAUCACCAUUUUGCAUUUGCACUCAGAGAACGCUGACUGUAUAGGCAUUUUGUGCCGAUCCACUGAGCUCGGUGGGACAGCAGAUGGCAGUAGCGUUUGCAGGUUGUUCAUGGGGCAUUACAAAAGUAGUUCUAUGUCUAUAGCAACCGCUUGAAACACACUGAAGCUGCAACCCCGUCACCCCAAAUGUGUCUCAUCCUCCGCUCCCAUUUUGUUGCGCAACAGUUUGUACACAAGCGCCCGUGAUCCCGUAACGUCCUUGGCGAUGAGUUUACUGAUUUUACAGUUAGCAGUUGAUCUUGUUCUUGUUUUAAGAAUAAAAUCUCUCUUUUUCUUUUUAAAUGCCAUUUUUAGUGUUCCUAAAAAUACAUUAAAUGAAAAUGUAAUUUUAAAUAUCUGGUCCAUAGUUUGAUUUAUAUUCAAAUAGGAUGCAUAUAAAUUGAAAUAUUUUUACCUUUUUAGGUCCAUUUUCUCCUUGUUACUGAAGUAUAUAUUUAGGAUUUUUUUUGUCAUGUUUUGUAGCCGUCGAUGUCUUUCUUUUACCAUGGCGGCCCCUCACAACUGUCAUGGUUUAUAAUGUGGCCCUGUAGGAAAGGUAAUUUAGCUGACUCAUGUCCAGGUGAAGACUCGGCUGCUGACAGAGUUUGAAGACCUGACCGCAGGAGUGGACCCGAACUUGACCAUCCCAAUGGUUCGUGAGGAGCACCAGGGCACGUACCAGUGUGCCCUCUACUCUGAAGAAGUGUCAGCCGACAUCAUCCGACUC